AUGCCUUCACAAGAAAUCGAAGUUCUAUCAGCUUUCAGCCUUCUGUGCAAUACCCCCAGUGAAAUCAUUCAGAAUCACCGUGAGCUGGCGACCAAAACGAUAAGGCAUAUUGUGAAGAUUCUUGACACUUCAGCGAAUAUCGAUACUCUCGUUAACGCUGUUGAAUGCGGAGUGGCCCAUUCGCCGCCAGAGACCAUCCCCGAUGCUGAAAUCAGCCACCUGUCCUCAACAACAGAUCGUCCAUUACAGCAUACUGAUGCUCAGAACCCGUUAAAUUUUCAGCGUCCCGUUAUUACCUCUGCCAUCCCACCCAGUCACGACAUUUCCCGGAAGCGAAAGAGGGACACACUUGAAAACAGUCGUUCGGUUCAACUAUUGCAGAGGGUAAAGCAAAACCUUUCUCAUAUUUUGGAGUUCUCUAAGGAACAAGUAUCUCUGUCUGAGAUCUUACAAGACGAGCAAGAAACUCAAUAUCGGGAUAAGAGAGUCGACCAUCUGAAGCAGGUUGAUGGCAACAAAACUCCAAGCAAUGAGCAAAAGCUUCUGAAAGGUCUGAGUCAGAUUUCACUCGCUCAACAAUUCACCGCAUGGGAGCGCAAACGGGGAUGGAAGGCCAAGGUCGACGAGUUAUAUGACAACCUCCAACAAGCUUCCACUAAUUCCAAAUACCAACAUAUCGGAAACAAACGGUCCGGCAAGAUAAUCCGGUAUAUCAGAGAUUAUGGCUAUCCGAAAUCAGAUCACAACGUGCUGAAAAAAGGAAUCAGCAGGGGUGUUAACCAAUUGUUAUUUGAGAGACUCACGAGUGAUGCAUUUAAGGAUCACGAAGGUCACCCAGCAGUCCAGGGAGUAGUCGCGAUGGUCACGAUAUUUGAAUACGGUCAAUUUCAAUGCUUGAAGCUCUCAGAUUUGCCACAAAUCAUUGCGCUUCUGCUGGGAGAAAAAGAAAUAGUAUUCGAGGACGCAGCCAAGGACAUCUCGGUGUGGUUCAAGCACAUAAGUUCUGACUUCCAAUUGAUUUCCCGAAAUCCAGGGAGACCUAUGCAGAAUGUUCAAGCUCAAAACAAUCACACACAACCUCUUUUGACUGCUGUGGAGGCAGACACCUAUUCUUCUGACCAGAAUAACGCUCGUUCCUCGGAAGCCCAUGCACAGAGCUUCCAAUCUAAUGGCACGGUCUUUCCAAGGAUGAGCCCUCACGAACUCUCCUCAUUCUCAACCGUUCCUCAAAAUGGCCACGAUGCCCUAAAGCAACAUGCCUCAUUUCCCGCAGUCCGGUUCGAUGAUCCAGCCCCCGUAUCAACUCAGAGUACAGCUACUCACGAAUUGGCUGAAUUCUCCACGGUUCCAAAUCAUGUUACACACGAUUACACUGGACUCUCAUUUCCAGAUAUUAUUCCCCACGAGCUCGCUUCGAUUUCCACAAACCCGGCCAGGACAACACCCAAUUCUUUGUUCGGAUCGGCACAACAUUCGGAAUUUCAAUUUGAUAUACAAAAUACGCUUUCUCAUCUCCCUUUGGAUUCAAAUACCACGCGCAUGAUCUAG